AAACAUUUAAAAUGCAUCACUGUUACACCAGGAGGGCAGUCACGCAGAGAUGGGUGAUAUGAAGUGUCUCCUCCUUUUGCUGUGUGCAGGUGUCACAGUGAGCACAGCUGUGGAUCUGCAGAAGAGAAUUAUUAAUGGUAGUUCAUGUGGAAGUAAAGAGCGCCGGUACCAUGUCAAGUUAAUAGUAUCUAAUGGGAAGAAAGACUUCUUCUGUGGUGGCUCCCUGAUCAGUGAGAGCUAUGUUCUGACUGCAGCUCACUGCUGGGAGGAUGGGUGGGAGAUGACUGCAUUUUUAGGAGUGCAUCCAGGUCCACCAGAAGGAGUGAAAAUCACAGAACACCAUAUCUACAAUGACACUAAUGGGAACCAUGACAUCAUGCUGCUGAAGUUACCACAACCCACUCAGAUUCCAUAUGUAGCACUUCCUAACAAGAAGAAAUGUGACAAUCGUCAUAAACUAAAAACAGUUCGGGUUGCCGGUUAUGGAGCCACAACUAUCGGUCCCAAAGGGACAAAAGGAAAGGAUAAACCAAAAGAACUCCAAUGUGCUGACUUCCCAGUCGUCAACUGUCAGAAAUAUCAAAAAGGUCUGCCGGGAAGCAAUGAUACCUACGCUCGGUAUUUGUUCAAUGGCCAAACUAAAACUGUGGAUACUGCUCCAGGUGACUCUGGUGGAGGAGUCGUGCACAAAUGCAGGAUUUACGGGGUCCAUUCUUUCAGUGGUGUAAAUGCCUGCACUGCAAAUGCUGGAUUCAUGGACAUCUGUGAAUACAUGCCAUGGAUCAAAGAGAAAGUGGAUCUUGGUUUUUUGAACAAAGUUAGUAAUAAAGCUUUGUCCAAGAUAGGGGGGAAGUGUCUUAAUCCUUAGUUGUCCAUGUGAAGCCCAUUUGAAAAAAGAAACAGCAGUAAUGCUAAACAAUAAUGAAGUGAUUUGAUUUAACUGUUAGAGGGCAGAAAAUAACACGUUUAAAAAUUAGCAUUUUCCAAUAUACUCAUGAAAUGUAUUUUGCUUUUUAUUUGUCAGUUUGUCUGUGAAAUCUACAAACAUGUAAAACAUGAUCAUGAUUAAUGAUGCAAUAAGAUAAAAUGAGACGCUACAUAAACAGAAUUAAAAUGAAUAUGACUCAG